CCCAGCAGAGAUGGGCAGCUUAUUAGAUAUAUGAUAAAGCCAUUUAACAGUCAUUGUUUUGCUGAAAAAUUCCUUUAGAUAAGGUAUUGCCUGCCAUUUUUCAUUCUCAAACUAUUCACACCAUGGCACUUUAAUGGAAAAAGAGAUACCACCUGGAGUACUUACUAGCUUAACAAGCACUUGACUGGGAGAUUAAGAAGAUUCAACGGUUCUCGCUCCGGAGUGGUUUAACUCCACAGCCUAAUGCUGUUCUAUUACUCAAGGCACUGCAGCAUGCCUGCCACUAGGGGGUAGUGUUGCUUUUUGCUCCAAUUGCUGGCGGUUUCCGUUCUGACCUUAUCAGACUUAAUAGAAGAAAGGAAAGGAGGCUUUAUUUUUCCUCAGCAAGUUUAUUCCUCUUAUGCGCCUAGAGUCAGUGGAACAAUUUAGGAUAAGAUGAAAGGCUAGCAAAUGAAAUAGGCUUGUUAAAAUGUUUUCAAAUAUUUCCCCAAGGUGGACCAUAACAGCUUCUUGAUAUCAUCAGUGGUCUGUUUCAUUAUUAGGUUCUGGGGAUGUUAAAGUUUUUGAGGUGCUACCAAGGGAAGUGAAGACUGAUGGGGAAUAGGGAGUGUGUCAUAGCAGGAGAUAGGGAGAGGACUGAGCCCUUGUGGACCCUUCCCCAGUCUGGCAGAAAUCUACUUUCCUCUUCCAUGGAUUCAGUAUUGGCUCCGAUACCAUUUGCUAAAGCAUGUCUGCUAUACCAGUUUUGAAGCUUGUCAGAAAUACAAGUUCUGGGGUCACAUGAAUUUGGAAAAUUCUGGUUUGAAAAAAGUUUUAAGAAAUUUUACUUGGUGUACAACUUUUAGAACAUUUAAUUUACAAUGCACUGUGCAGUGUGCUUUGUGAAUCUAAGGCUGAGCAUUUGCUAGAGGUAGACACCGUAACAGUGGUUCUCAAUGGAGGAGGGCUGACUUUGCCUCCUGGGGGCAUUUGGCAAUAUUUGGAGACAAUUUUGACUGCCAUGACUAAGGAAGAGUGUUACUGGCAUCAAGUGGGUAGAUACCAAGGUUACUGCUGAGUGUCCUCCAAUGCACAGGACAAGCUCCCCCAACCCCCUCUACCAACAAAGAAUGAUCACACCCUAAAGGCCAGUAAUUCAAAGGUUGAGAAACCCUUCUCUAUAAUAUAUGCAGCUUCUUCUUCUUAUUUAAACAGAAAAUUAAUUAUUUUUCUUGAGGUAUCUUGUAGCACCUGAGUAGAAAAUAUGUGGGGAAACUCUGCCCUCAGUUUAUCCACAGUGUUUUAAUUAUGUUUCAAUUGCAGUGUAGUGUGGUUUUCCCUCAAUACUCCUUCUCUUUGAUCUCCCCUUGUCAUUGUUGACUGACCUCUCUUUGUGAUUCUCCUGAACUGGUUUGACAGUGCAUUGUUUUCGUUUUACUUCUCCUUCUGUAACCUCUCUCUUUCCUUUUUGGCUCUUCCCCGUCCUUCUGCUCCCUGAGAAGUGGCACGUCUUAUGGUUUUAUACUUCAUUGUGAUCAUUGUCCCAUGACUUCACUUCUCUAUGGUCCUCCUGCCAAUGACUCUACUAUGCCCCUAUCCAAGUCAUUUCUUAUAUUCCUUUCCAAAAAGAUCUACAUUUCUGGUUAUGUGUUGGUUGUUUUCUCCAAAAUAAAAUGUCCCCUCUCCAAAAUCACCUCUUCCUCUUCAACUUCCUGUUCUCUCCUUUAUUAAUUUGUUAAAUUUUUCCAAUUUUCUUAAUCAGACAUGGAACCGUGUUUAAUCACUAAGCCUUGUGAAUUUCCUGGUCUUUUGUCUAGCUCUUCUUGAAUGAGGCCUUGAUUACCCUUUGUCUGACUACCCAGAUAAGUUCCAAAUCAUGUGUCCUGCUUCCGCUCCUUACCUAUGUGGUCUGUGUACUACCACUGUUUUGAUCAUUUGAAAACAUCUCUUUGAUUCUUUCUUUAAAACUUCCAUUGAGUGAGUUCCCAUUGUCCUUUGAAUAAAGUCCAUACAACUUACACCAGUAGUCACAUUUCCCACAGUAAGGCUCCCACCUGCACUUAAAGCCUUUGUUCUAAUGACUCCUCCAUUGAAAUUCCUCCUGUUGAAGAAACACUGUUCAUGUGAGAGCAAAGAUAUGGAGAUGGGAGAGUGCAAAACACUUGGAGAAAGGAAGGUUUUGUAAACUUUUUAAUUGAUCUUUGGGAUACAGACUCUGUGAACUGAACAAUUCAAGUUCUAAAUUAUUGUAGAUACACAAUAUGCAUGUGACAUCCUCUAGACUAAGGAUACUCUAUACAUGGGCUCAUAUGAUCUUUAUAGCAUGUAAGGAAUAAAAAUAAUGAGAUAUUGCUCAAGGCUUCUAUCUGUCAAAAUCUUUAGCUUAUUAUAUUAUGCGUCCUCAGUAAACAUUUGUUGAAUUAGAAUAAACAAAUUAAUGAAUGCUUUCAUGUACGAAUGACAAGCUACCACAGCAGUGCUGUUGGUAUCUACUUAUAUCCCCUCAACACUCAUAGCUACAUGACAAAGGCAAAUAUCUGCAAAUACUGCUGAUACCUGCAACAGUCUACUCGAAGGCCCUUUUCCCUCCUAGCUACCAGUGCUGCUCAGCCUACUGCCAAGGCAAACUGGAAUUGUUGGAGAGUUGAGUCUAGGAGCCACCCUCAAUCAAUGAUGGGGUGUUGGUUGAUAUAGUCGUUUAGUUGGAAUAACUCUGAGAAAUACUUCUGCAAUGUCCCCUGGAUUUCCACAUUGGGACUGAGUUUUAAUUGCCACAGUGGUAUCUUGCAAGCAGGGAGAGAGAGGGACGGAGCAGGCUGCUGGGCUCUUCCUGCUGUUGAAAGUUCACCGGGCACUCAGUGGAAAUUUUCUUCCUUUCUUCUGCCCUGAAUGUUUCCCCAAACAUGAAGGUAAUAACUUUAUUCAUCUUGGUGGGAUUUACAGGAGAGUUCCAAGUUUUUUCAAGAGCCUCCACUCCAGUCACUUGCCAGUGGGGUUCCUAUGGAUCGUGGUCAGAAUGCAAUGGUUGUACCAAGACUCAGACUCGCAGGCGGUCAGUUGCUGUUUAUGGGCAGUAUGGGGGCCAUCCUUGCGUUGGAAGUGCAUCUGAAACGCAAUCGUGUGAAUCUACACUAGGAUGUCCGACAGAAGAGGGAUGUGGAGAGCGGUUCAGGUGUUUCUCAGGCCAGUGCAUCAGCAAAUCUUUGGUUUGCAAUGGGGAUUCUGACUGUGAAGAGGACAGCGCUGAUGAAGACAGAUGCGAGGACUCAGAGACCAGACCUUCCUGUGACCUUGAUAAACCUCCUCCCAACAUAGAACUUACUGGAAAUGGUUACAAUGAACUCACUGGCCAGUUUAGGAAGAGAGUCAUCAACACUAAAAGUUUUGGUGGUCAAUGCAGAAAAGUGUUUAGUGGGGAUGGAAAAGAUUUCUAUAGACUGAGUGGAAAUAUCCUUUCGUAUACAUUCCAGGUGAAAAUAAAUAAUGAUUUUAAUUAUGAAUUUUACAACAGUAGCUGGUCUUAUGUAAAGCUUACCUCGGCAGAACAUACAUCAUCUAGUAGGAAAAGCUCCUUUUUAAGAUCUUCAUCAUCUUCUUCAACUACUUAUACUUCACAUACCAAUGAAAUCCACAAGAAAAAGAGUCAUCAUUUGUUGGUUGUCCAGAACACCGUGGAAGUGGCUCAGUUUGUCAACAACAAUCCGGAAUUUUUACAACUUGCUGAGCCAUUCUGGAAGGAACUCUCCUUCCUUCCCGCUCUCUAUGACUACAGUGCCUACCGAAGAUUAAUCGACCAGUAUGGGACACAUUAUCUGCAGUCUGGGUCCCUAGGAGGAGAGUACAAAGUUCUAUUUUAUGUGGACUCAGAAAAAAUCAAAAACAGUGGUCUUAGUUCAGCAGAUAUGAAGAGAUGUACUUCCUCAAGGUCCAAACUUUUCUUUACAUCACUGAAGGACAAAUGCCAAAAGCUGGAAGAGGCCUUAAAAUCAGACUCAGGAACUCAGGGCAACGUGCUGCGAGGGGACCCAUUUGUCAAGGGGGGAGGUUCAGGCUUCAUAUCUGGCCUCAGUUUCCUGGAGCUGGACAAUCCUGCUGGAAACAAACAGCGAUAUUCUUCCUGGGCAGAAUCUGUGACUGAUCUUCCCGAAGUCAUAAAACAAAAGCUGACGCCCUUGUAUGAGCUGGUAAAGGAAGUACCCUGUGCCUCCGUGAAAAGACUAUACCUGAAGCGAGCUCUUGAGGAAUAUCUGGAUGAAUUUGACCCCUGCCAUUGCCGACCUUGUCAAAAUGGUGGCAUUGCCACCGUUAAGGGGACCCAAUGUCAGUGCCACUGCAAACCGUAUACAUUUGGUGUGGCUUGUGAGCAAGGAGUCCUCGUAGGGAAUGAAGCAGGAGGAGUGGAUGGGGGCUGGAGUUGUUGGUCCUCUUGGGGCCCCUGUGUUCAAGGGAAGAAAACAAGGAGACGAGAAUGCAAUAACCCACCGCCCAGUGAGGGUGGGCGAUCCUGUAUUGGAGAACCGUCCGAAAGCAGCCCAUGCGAGCACGAGGAGCUGGAGCAUUUGCGAUUGCUCGAACCACAUUGUUUUCCUUUGUCUUUGGCUCCAAAAGAAUUCUGUCCAUCACCUCCUGCCUUGAAAGAUGGAUUUGUUCAAGAUGAAGGUGCGAUGUUUCCUGUUGGGAAAAACGUAGUAUAUACUUGCGAUGAAGGAUACUCUCUUAUCGGAGACCCUGUAGCCAGAUGUGGAGACGAUUUACAGUGGCUUGUUGGGGAAAUGCAUUGUCAGAAAAUUGCCUGCAUUCUACCUGCAUUGAUGGAUGGCAUACAGAGUCAUCCCCACAAACAGUUUUAUGGAGUUGGUGAGAAGGUGACCAUUUCCUGUUCAGGUGGCAUGUCCUUAGAAGGUCCUUCAGCAUUUCUCUGUGGAUCCAGCCUUAAGUGGAGUCCUGAUAUGAAGAGUGUUCAGUGUGUGCAAAAAGAUGCCCCUUUGCCACCAGCAGUGCCCAAAUGUCAGCGCUGGGAGAAACUGCAGAAUUCAAGAUGUGUUUGUAAAAUGCCUUAUGAAUGUGGAUCCUCCUUGGAUGUAUGUGCUCGAGAUGAGAGAAGCAAAAGGAUACUGCCUCUGACAGUUUGCAAGAUGCAUGUUCUCCACUGUCAGGGUAGAAAUUACACCCUUGCUGGGAGGGACAGUUGCGCUCUGCCUGUCCCCACUGAGAAAGCCUGUGGUGCCUGUCCACUCUGGGGAAAAUGUGAUGCCCAGAGCGGUAGGUGUGUCUGCAGAGAAGCCUCGGAGUGCGAGGAAGGCGGCUUUCACGUCUGCGUGGAAGUGGACGGCGUGGAGCAGACGAUGAGCGAGUGCGCGGCCGGCGCGCUCAGGUGCCGAGGGCAGGACGUCACUGUCACCAGCACAUGGCCCUGCGCCCCGGGGACCUCGUAGGCUCCCGGGUCCCUGGGCGGAAUCCCGCAGCCCGCUGUGGCUGAGUUCAAACACACGUAACUGAGACUCUGCCCGCGGGGCGGCACCUUCCUUCUCCUGGCCCUGCACCGUCUCUCCUCCACUCCCAGCCGCGGGCACCAGCACAGCGCCCCCCGCCCAGUUCGGCCGAACCCGAAUCCAGAUAAUACUCCUUCUCUUCUUAUGUAAAAUGGCAGUCAGGAUGAACAACGCACACGAACCUGUGCAAGAGCUGACUGUGUGUUCUUGGACGCAUUGCUCACUUGUCUGGACCUUGACUUUCUAAAUCUGAAAAUUACAGGCUUAGACCAGAGAAACUCGAAUCCUCCAUUCAGCCCUAGGAUUCUUUAACGUAUGAUUGACCCCACCCAUGGGCCAGAACACACUGUACAGAUGGAUUAGGAAAAACAGUAAGAUGAGAGAGGUUGGCUUCCCUCAGGGAACCUGAAUGCUUAGGGGACCUUGAAUGGAAAAAGACAGAUACAAUUAUCCACCCCAAGCAGCCGUCUCAGGCUUCCCCCUGUGACUCCAGCACCACAUGUAGGGAUCCCUACAUCUUAUCAGGACCGGAACCCCCGAAAUGUCAGAACCACUGUGUUACAGUCACUGGCACCUUCUGCCUUCUUGUCUGAGCACAAAUACAAAUCCCCUCUUCUCUCUGGGGUUUUCUCUAGGGUGUGUCAAGCUCAAGAACUGCAAUUUGCCCCCUUUCCCCCAUUUUCUUUUGUAGGAAGCAUGAGUUCAUGCCUGGGCUAUUGAGAGAUUGUGUAUUUGACAGCACAGUUUUCUUGCAUAUGAAUACAUGCUUGGAUUUUUCAGGGGGCCAUACAGGUUACAUCAAUUCGAGACAUUGGCCUUCUAUUUAUUCCUUAUUCAUCUUUCUUCAAAACAAAAAAGCAGCUGUGGGAGAUGAAAUGAGUGGGCUUAAAUGGAAUUUAAAAUAUGCUUUCAUAUACAAAUAAUAUAUGUGUACUUUUCUGGUACUGAUAAAUACAUUUCAACAAAAGCUUAGUUAAAAUGACAGUGAUUAAAAUCUCAUUAAAGAUACUAUUCUUUGGAA